AUGUCGAACGUUGAUUCAACCUUUCCUGUUAACCCACUGAAGCGAAGACGUACAGAGCAUGACUCGUCUAGCAAUGCAUCCACACCGGAAAUCUCGAAAAACACGCGCUUUUGGUUCGAGGAUGGAAAUAUCGCGCUUCAAGCCGAGGACACCCAAUUUCGCGUCCAUCGGGGUGUUAUGGCACGGCACUCUGUUGUCUUCCGUGACAUGCUGCUGAUCGCACAUCCUGAGACAGGAUCUGUUGACGGAUGCCCGGUGGUUUCUUUGGCAGACGACGCUGCGCACGAUUGGAUACAUGUUCUCGGGAUUAUUUAUGAUAACGAAAUAUUCUACCAAACCUCUGAGAUCCUUAGCAUACCUCUAAUUGGGGCUAUGCUUCGACUGGGGCGGAAAUAUCAAUUCGACACAUUAUAUACCUCUGCUUUGGCGCGACUCAAAAAAGACAUUCCAACCACUCUUGAAGGCUGGGAUGCAUCUAUGGGGGAUACUUGGAGGGAGGAAUACACCGAGGAUUUUGACCUCCUUAAUCUGCUUGAGGACUUUCGUAUUCAAACGCUUUUGCCCACUGUAUACUAUUAUUGCGCUAUUGAAUAUAACUUGGAUGAAAUCAUGGAUGGCAUUCAGCGUAAUGACGGCACCACUGCCCGCCUAUCACACGCAUCAGCAAAACAAAUACUGAAAGGAAAAAUGAAAAUGGCAAAUGCCGUUGAACGAUACAUGAUCAACGCUUUUAGGGCGCUACCACUACAAAAUGUUUGUGCGUCGUGUAUUGACCUGCAGGCACGUUUGUUCCUUAGGCAUUCUCGCAACAACCUCAUCUCGAUUUUCUUGCCUCGUCCCUCGGACCUUUUUCUCAAAAGGUCAGAGAUAACAGCGGCGCUUUGUGUCCCAUGCAAAGACCGUAUGUGUAGCCUUUUGGAAUCCAAGCGUCGCCUAUUUUGGGAUUCCCUUCCCGAGUUGUUUGGUUUACCUUCUUGGACGGAGCUGAGCGAUACGCCGUGUCAUACUUCCAACCAGCCUUCGUAG